AUGCCUGCGGAACCUAUCGCUAUUAUUGGGAGUGGAUGUCGGUUCCCCGGGGGGGUGGGUUCGCCAGCGAAACUCUGGGAGCUGGUGUCCAACCCUCGGGAUGUACUGCAGAAAAUCCCACGAGAACGAUAUCAUGCGGACGGCUUCUACCAUCCUGAUGGGCUGCAUCACGGCUGCAGCAAUGUGCAACAUGCGUAUACCUUGACCGAAGACGUGCGCCUUUUCGACGCCAGCUUCUUUCAAAUCAGUGCCAACGAAGCGGCGGCGAUUGAUCCACAGCAGCGACUGCUACUAGAGGUCGUUUAUGAAGCCUUGGAGUCGGCUGGACUGCCAAUCGAAGACUUACGAGGGUCGGACACUGCCGUGAUCGUUGGUCAGAUGUGCGCCGAUUACAAUGAUAUCCUCACCCGCGACUUGGAGACCAUGCCGACCUAUUUUGCCACCGGCACCUCUCGGGCCAUCAUGGCCAACCGUGUCUCAUAUGCUUUUGAUUGGCACGGACCCUCGUGGACGAUUGAUACGGCUUGUUCGUCAAGCCUGGUUGCAGUGCAUCAGGCAGUCCAGCUGCUUCGGGCAGGCGAGUCGAGGGUAGCCGUUGCGGCGGGCUCAAACUUGCUUCUCGGACCGGAGCCCUAUAUCGCUGAAAGCAAGCUGAAGAUGCUCUCGCCAGACGGUCGUUCCCGGAUGUGGGACGCAAACGCGAAUGGAUACGCCCGUGGCGAUGGUGUAGCGGCCGUCGUCCUUAAGACUUUAUCGGCAGCACUGGAGGACGGAGACAGUAUUGAGUGCAUCAUAAGGGCUACAGGUGUCAACCAAGAUGGGCGGACAAAGGGCAUCACCAUGCCGAGUAGUGUAGCGCAGGCAGAACUGAUUCGAAAGACAUACGAAGCUGCGGCAUUGAGUCCGUUGCACGAUCGUCCGCAAUAUUUUGAGGCUCACGGCACGGGCACCAAGGCGGGAGAUCCCCAAGAGGCCGGGGCUAUCUUCCGUGCUUUCUUUGGAGAUGGAAUCAAGGAAGACAACGCGCUCGAAAGGCUCUGCGUCGGCUCCAUCAAGACUAUCAUCGGGCACACAGAAGGCACUGCUGGACUCGCGGGACUGCUCAAGGCCUCUCUGGCGCUCCAACAUGCUCAGAUUCCACCAAACAUGCAUUUUCAUCUACUGAAUCCUGACAUUGAGCCUUACUGGUCGCGAUUGCAGAUUCCAACCACACUGCAGCCAUGGCCCAAACAGGAAUCCUUGGUCCGUCGGGCAAGUGUCAACAGCUUUGGUUUCGGUGGGACGAACGCUCACUCAAUACUAGAAAGCUAUCCAGCUGGUCAAGCCGGUCAAGUUCAGCGCGCAUCGGGUAUGCUGCCAUUUGUUUUCUCGGCGCAGUCAGAAUCCGCCCUGGCUACAACAAUGGAAAGACUUGCCUUACACCUGCGUCAAAAUCCGGACAUCUCUCUCCGCGAUCUCGCGUGGACGCUUUAUGCCCGUCGCAGUCUUUGGCCAAUCCGAGCGAGCUGUUUCGGUGCCUCUGCAUCGGAGCUAGAGGCUGAGCUUCUGCUCUGUGCCGCGAAGAUCCGUGAUGGGAAACAGUCUCCGGCUGUGAAUCCGCCUCCAAUUCUGCGAUCUAACCCUCGGGUGCUCGGAGUUUUCACCGGUCAGGGUGCGCAGUGGCCCGCCAUGGGUAGAGAGCUCAUCCGUGCCUCACCCUGGCUUGAGCGGCGUGUGGACAGCUUAGAGCGUGCCUUGUGGCUGCUUCCUGAACCCGAUAGACCUACGUGGUCACUCAAAAAGGAAAUGCUGUCUUCCACAGCUAACGUAGAGGAAGCAUUGCUCUCUCAACCAUUGUGUACUGCGGUACAGAUACUCCUUGUUGACUGCUUGCGUCUUGCAGGCAUAGAGUUUGCGUCAGUCGUGGGCCAUUCCUCGGGCGAAAUCGCAGCCGCCUAUGCAGUAGAAUGCCUGACUGCCGAAGCCGCCAUCUGCAUCGCGUACUAUCGUGGACUGCACACGAAACGAGCCGGGGGGGCCAAGGGCGAGCCCGGAAGAAUGCUGGCUGUCGGCACAUCGAUAGACGAUGCUCAAGAGCUUUGUGCACUGCCCACAUUCGCAGGCCGUUUGGUGACCGCCGCAACCAACUCUGCAUCGAGCCUCACUUUGGCGGGUGACAGGGACGCCAUCAACCAAGCGCAUCUCGUGUUUCAAGACGAAAAGAAAUUUUCCCGACCUCUCAAAGUCGACAAAGCAUACCAUUCACACCAUAUGCUUCCGUGUGCCGGUCCGUACGGGGAUUCCCUAGACCAACUGCAAGUAUGCGCUUCAAAACCUCGCUCGCGGUGGUACUCGAGCGUCUAUGAUGGUGACCUAGUCCAUACCGCUGACGGACUUUGCGGUCCAUACUGGGUCGAGAACAUGUGCCGUCCCGUCUGCUUCUCACAAGCACUCACGAAGGCGCUUAAGCAGGCCGAGGACGCUUACGAUCUGGUUAUCGAAGUUGGCCCUCACCCGGCCCUGAAGGGCCCAGCAAGCUCCACCGUCCAGGAGAGUCUGGGACGAGAUCUUCCGUACACAGGGCUACUACAGCGCGGCUCAAACGAUGCCAGGGCUUUUGCGGACGCCCUGGGCUUUAUCUGGGCCCGAUGCGGCCGAGAUGCAAUCAAUUUCUCAGCGUUGCAGGAUACGUUGCUCGAUGCGACUGAGCAACCAGGGCUGGUGAAAGACCUACCCUCGUACCCGUGGGACCAUAGCCGGGCCUUCUGGCAUGAGUCGCGCGCAACCCAGGCUGACCUCUUCCGAGAAUUCCCUCCACACCCUCUCCUGGGGGUCUGCAAGGAAAUCGUGAGUGACCGCGUCCAGUGGCGAAAUAUUUUGACGACUCGUGAGAUUUCGUGGCUGAAUGGCCACACUCUUCAAGGACAAACUGUCUUCCCGGCAUCUGGAUAUAUAUCCAUGGCAAUUGAAGCGGGAAGAGUGGUUCUGGAACCCGAGGAGUCCAUCGCACUCAUUGAGGUGCAGGACCUUGUGAUCGACAGGCCGAUCACAUUCGAGGAAGACUCUAUCGUAGGGGUUGAGGUUCUCGUCACCCUGGAGGGCAUUUCGCGCGAGAUACAGGAGGACGGAGCAAAAUUGAUGACUGCGACUUUCACCUGCCAUACGCCAGCCAGCCAAGGAUCUAAAUCACUCGUUAUUGCUGCCAGAGGAAACGUGUGCGUCACGUUGGAGGCUGCCCGGGAGACAACAUUACCCCCUGCCCGGGAGGUGUUCGAAGACCUCAUCGAAGUGGAUCGCGAGAGGUUUUACGAUGGCUUGAACGAGCUUGGGUAUCAAUACACGGGACCCUUCAAGGCACUUGACCGACUGGCACGAUACCUCAAUCUUAGCACAGGCGUUGUCUAUCAGCCGCAGCAAAAUGAAAGCUCUCGAGAAUCUUUGCUCGUUCAUCCAGCUAUGCUAGAUGCCUCAUUUCAAUCAGUCUUCCUGGCAUACAGCUGGCCGGGAGAUGGAAGACUGUGGUCCCUACAUGUGCCUACCAAAAUCCGUCGCGUGCAGGUGAACCCCGUCUUGUGUGCAGCGUCGGAUGCAAAGCUGUUCUUCCAUACCGAAGCCGAGGAAAGCUCCAAGAGCUCUAUACAAGGACACAUUAUUUUAUCUCGUGCAGUAGGAGAGCCUGCCGCCAUCCGAGUCGACCAGAUUACCGUCAUUCCUGUCGCUCCAGCUACCGUAGCCGACGAUCGGGCUCUCUUCGCGAGUGAAGUAUGGGAGGAUAUGACUCUCGAUGACCCAGAGGCAUUUGCUCAGUCUUAUACCGUUGAGGAGGAUCGUCUCGGGCGAGCUAUCAUUCGACUAGCUGAAGAGCGGUUAAGCCAACUCCUGUCGUCCGGGGGUGAUCAACGAGAACGUCUUUCCAGGAUUGCAAAUCAUCUGCAUGGGAGGACUGCCAAUGAUGGUGUUGACAGGUCAAACGCUUGCACGAGCGGUAUCGACGGCUCCCAGGCAGUUUCCUGCACGCCGUCCUCCGGAAUGAGCUCGCCCAACAGUGUUGAUCUGGCUGUCCUAGACGCAGUCCUAGAGCUUGUACAUACAGGGAAUUCUGGUGAUGGAGCCACUGCUGUAGGAAAGCUCCAUGAUGCUGAUCUCAUGGAUCGCUAUUUCGAGCAUGGCCUCGGUGUCUCAGACUCCAAUUAUCGACUGGCGAUGAUCGUCCGGCGCUUAUCGCAUCGCUACCCAUCAAUGAAUAUUCUUGAACUGAAUGCUAAUAACACUACCCUCACCGAGACUGUAUUACACAAUAUCCACCCAGGAUUCUCCUCUUACGCCGUGGCCCCGCCACAGAACAGAAUCGAACGGAUGAAGCGAUCGGUGGCGGGCAAAAUGCGAGUGACAGUUUCAGCUCUAGACCGUUCAAGAGACGUCGAAGAGCAGGAAUUCCCAGCAAGCUAUUCAGAUUUGGUGAUCGGCAGCCUGGUGCUUGAUGACCAUAGCAUCGAAGAUACCUUGCGAACUGCAAGAAGGCUCCUUCGCCCUGGAGGCUCACUCUUCCUGCAGACAGUUGGAGAGGCUUCACGUUUUGACCUCUAUUAUGACAUCGCGCAGAGCCUGCCUCUUAGUAUUCCUCAAUGGCAUCAUCUCCUCCAGCAAUGCGGAUUCUCAGGUAUUGAUGCAUUCUACCAGUCUUCGGCGGCAAACCCCCUGAGCAUCGUUCUCACCCAAGCAACUGAUGAGAGCGUUGCUCUACUCCGGCAGCCUUUGCUUAGUACAUCGAAUGACCUGCAGAUUCCUGAGCUCGUCGUCGUCGGUGGUGCAAGUCUCUUCACGGUCAAACUGAUCGACGACUUGAUGGUCUUCUUGUCGCCGAGAACUGCUCGCGUAACGCUGCGCGAGUCUAUAGCUGACGUCCACAAACGGCCACUUCCGCCUAUGAGCACUGUUAUCUGCCUCAGUGAUCUGGAUAACCCGGUAUUCAGUGACCUGCAUCCGGAGACAUGGACGGGGCUGAAAUCACUUUUCGAUUGCUCGCAAAAUCUUCUCUGGCUGCUCGGAGGGGCGCGUGGUCAGCAGCCAUACCAUAACGCUACUGUUGGUUUUGGAAGAACGCUUAGACUGGAGAUGCCACAUGUGAAUCUACAGUUCCUCGAUCUUAAUGAUGGCUACAAGGUAGCCGAUGCACGGUCUAUAGCCGAGCACUUGCUUCGACUCUGUUUGCUGGGGCAGGAAAAGCAAGCAAAAUCGAUUGGUCCUGCAACACCUCUGCUGUGGUCAAACGAGCCCGAGCUGUUAUUGACCAACGGCCGAGUGAAAAUUCCACGAGUCAUUCCUCACGCUACCCAAAACGGCCGAUACAACUCAUCGAAGCGCUCAGUCAACAUAUCAGUCAACCCGGCCAAAGUGCCUGUGAGUCUUUCGCGGGCUGUCUCUAAGGCGUUCAACAUCCAUCUCGAUCAGACUCAAAAUCCACGGGCAGACCACAGCAUGCUUAUCAACGUGACCUACUCUGCCGUUCAGCAACUUGCAUUUCCUGAUGAUGAGCACUUGUACCUUGUCAUUGGGCGCUGCAGUGAUACUGGCCAACGGGUCAUGGCAUUUGCUUCCAGGCUGGCUAGUCGAAUUGCUGUUCCUCGGCAGAAUUGUCUUGUCCUGAACAAUGAUCGUGAUACAGCAGUAUACGAAGACGCCAAACAAAUUCAAUACGUCCUGAAUCAUGUCUACAUGCUUUCUAUUGUGUCUCAGGUGCAGCCGGGGGCGAACGUGCUCUACUUCAGCGCCGACAACAUCACCCGCAGGAUGUUUUUGAAGCUCGCCAGCACACGCAAGAUUUCCGUUGUAUGGGUUACCACAGGCGACAACAGCACUGACGGGGAUAGCAUCUACAUUCACCCUCGAAGCAGCCUUCGUGAUGUCAAAGCAUUGAUUCCCGGAAGGCCAUCUGUGAUUGUGGACCUCUCAAAUUCUCGGAACAACUCACUCCAGUCACGCCAGCUUUCGGAAGCCUACGGCAGCAGGGUGUUUGAUCUGAAGUAUCUACAAGAACUCCCGUUGCUGUCGCUAUUCGAUGGGGACUCUACUUGGGCUCUGGAUAUGGCGAACAGGGAUUUUCACCAGGACGCGCCACUGAUGGCUUCUUGGCAUGCAGAAAUAGUGAAACUGGACGAUUUGCGAGAGGCCACUACCUCCCCCUUUACCAUUGUGGAUUGGAAUAUUCCCUCGAUUUCUGCCGAGAUUGAUCCUGCAGAGACACAACCACUAUUGCGCCCGGAUUGCACGUAUCUUCUUGUGGGACUAACUGGUGGCCUGGGACAGUCGCUCUGCGAAUGGAUGGUCCGCCAUGGAGCGCGGCAUCUAGUUCUCACAAGUCGAAACCCCAAGAUAGACGCCCGAUGGAUAAAGGCGCUCAAUAGGGAGGGGGCUGUGAUCAGAUUGGUAGCGAAUGAUAUCACCGACAGCCAGUCGGUCCGCGCGCUAUACGACGAUAUUACUACAACGUGUCCGCGCAUCGCAGGUGUGGUCAACGGAGCGAUGGUCUUGCAGGAUUCGUCCAUCUACGACAUGGACGUUGAGAUGAUGCUGAAGGUCCUGCGUCCGAAAAUAGAUGGAAGUCGCUUUCUCGACGCACUGUUCCAAGAGAACACUCUGGAUUUCUUCGUCAUGCUCUCCUCCUUGACCGGUGCCUGUGGAAACAGCGGUCAAUCAAACUACACGGCUGCCAAUAUGUUUAUGGCCGGGCUGGCCGCACAGAGGAAACAGAAGGGGUUGGCCGGAUCGGUCAUCGACAUCGGAGCGAUGAUGGGAGUCGGGAUCCUGGUUCGAGAUCGAAGCUAUGCCUUACAAGUCCAAUUGCGUGAAUACGGCUAUCUCUGGAUGUCCGAACGGGAUUUUCACCAUAGCUUCGCCGAAGCUAUCCUAGCAGGACGUCCGGACCAGAACGAAAACCCGCAGGUCAUGGCUGGGAUCCGGCUCUGCCGAAGAGAUCAGCUGAAGUCGGUGCAAUGGGCCGAGAAUCCUCGUUUUGGCCACUGCAUUCAGCCAUCCGAGUCGGAUUCGUCGGCGGGUAAACACACCAGUGGAAUACCUCUAGCCACCCAGGUGGUCGAAGCGGCAGAUGAGGCUGAAGUACGGCGCCUUCUGGAGGAUGCGUUUUUGCACAAACUGGCAUCCGCCUUGUCCUUACCGGAGCUGGACGCGGGGAUGAAGCAAAAAAUGCUCGCACAGGGAGUGGACGAACUGGGGGUGGACUCCUUGGUGGCAGUGGACAUUCGUUCAUGGUGGCUGAGGGAGCUUCGCGUUGACAUGCCAGUGCUCAAAAUCCUGGGGGGCACGGCCAUUACCGACCUCAUCGAGUACGGCCAAAGGCAGAUCGCACCUGUCUGUUCGCCUCGGGAGGAAACCUCUUCUCCCGCGGAGAUUCAAUCCCCCCCAACAUCUUCGGAUAACGAGUCUUCUGAGGCCGACAAUGGUGCAUCCACCCCAGCGGAGGGCUCGGAUAUCUCCAGUGCCACGAGCGACGGGGAAGCGGAGAUCAAAUUGCCGCCUCUAGUGCAUCAAGAGCUUAUGUCCUACGGACAGCGUCGAUUCUGGUUCCUUGGGAAAUACCUCGCGGAUAAAACAAGCUUCAACAUCACAUGUCUGAUCCGUCUUACGGGCCGUCUUCAAGUCAGCAACUUGGCGCACGCUGUCAAUACCGUUGGGCGGAAACACAGUGCCCUAAGAACCUGCUUUUUCGAGGACGAGCAUGGCCAGGGCUGGCAGGGGAUUCUUGAGCACACGCGCCUGAAGCUUGAGACAAAAUCAAUCCAGGGAUACGAAUUUGCCCGCGAAGAAUUUCAGCGGUUGCGCCAGCACGUCUAUGACUUGGCGUCAGGAGAGUGUAUGCGAGUCAUUCUUCUGUCUCAAUCGGCCGAGUCUCAUUACCUUCUCAUGGGCUAUCAUCAUAUUAACAUGGACGGCAUCAGUCUCCAGGUCGUGCUGAGGGAUCUGGAAACUGCCUAUCUUCGACGGCCAUGGCAAUCGGAUCCGCUGGAAUACCAUCAAUUCGCAAGGUGGCAGCGCAACAUGGUGGAAAGUGGCGCUCUCCAGGCCGACCUCACAUACUGGCGAGGGGAACUAUCUAACAUGCCAGACGUCCUUCCCAUUCUGUCCAUCUCAACGACGACUGUUCGACAGCCAAUUCAGGACUAUUCCCACAAUCGGGUCGACUUCAAGAUCCCCCGCCAGCUCGGAGCCCGCAUCAAAGACGUCGCGCGCAAGCAUCGUGCCACUUCAUUCCACUUCUAUCUCGCAACCUUCAAAGCACUGCUGUACCGAUUUUCGAGGGUAGACGAUCUGGUGAUAGGAAUGGCAGACGGGAACCGAAAUCAUUUGGACGGUGCGAUGGAUGGCGUUGGCAUCUACCUGAACCUCCUCCCUGUGAGAUUGCGUCGAGGCGGGCAACAAACGUUUGCCGAACACUUGAUAGACGCUCGAGCAAAGUCUCACGCUGCACUCUCUCACUCAAAUCUUCCGAUUGACGUUCUGCUCGACGAGCUCCAGGUAGCUCGCUCUGCUUCUCACACUCCAAUAUUCCAGGUCUUUGUGAACUACCGACAAGGAGCUCAGGAGAGUUUGCCCUUUGGCGACUGCCAGCUUGAGGGCGACCAGUACGAGAUUGGACGCACAGGCUACGAUGUCAGCCUGGAUGUCAUCGAGAAUGCGCAGUCUGAGGCUACCGUGAUGCUUGUCACUCAGGAAUACCUGUAUUCAGAGCAGCAAACGGAAAUUCUGGCCGCCAGUUUCCAGCAGUUAUUAGAUUCGUUCAGCCAAGAUGCUGAGUUGGAGGUGGAUGCAGCGCCACUAUACCCCAGAGAGAAAGUCGGGGAAGCAUUGCAGUUAUCUCGAGGGCCCAAAUAUGUGCCACAAUGGAAAGGCACCAUUGUUGAUCAGAUCGACGAGAUGGUAGCUCGCUAUCCACAUCAACCAGCCCUGUCAGAGGAUCAAUCUUCAUUGACCUACGAGCAGAUGUCGGCACGCAUGCACACAGUGGCAGCUGCAUUAUUGAACCAGAAAAUCGGACCAGGGGCGAAAGUCGCCGUCUUUCAACAGCCCGGUGUGGAUUGUACUUGCUCCAUGUUGGCUAUCUUGCGGCUGGGAGCGAUAUAUGUUCCAUUUGACCCACGACUGUCUCUGCCUCGACUGCAGCGAAUUGCUCAGGACUGCCAGCCCGAAGCGAUAGUCUUCCAUUCGGCGACGUCUGCUAGCAUUCUUGAGCUGACGGCCGGUCUGACGGAUAGUCUCCUUGUCGACAUUACCGACCUCCCACCGAUAAGUGGCUCAGCUACGACCAAUCUUUCGACACCGGAAUCACCGAUGGUCAUAUUGUACACCAGUGGCUCCACCGGCCUGCCAAAAGGCGUCGUUCUCCGACACUCGUCUAUGGCAGUCAAGAUGGAAACCAUCGCCGUGUCCUACAAUCUCGACCGACAGGUGCGCGUCAUGCAGCAAAGCGCAUUGACCUUUGACAUGUCGAUUGCACAGGUGUUCAUGGGCAUUUGCAAUGGAGGCGAAGUGGUUGUUCUACCUCGAGCGAAGCGAGGUGAUCCCGCCGAAAUUGUUGACAUGAUCGUCCAGCAUGAUAUCACGCACACGAUGGCGACCCCUUCAGAGUACAUUUCCUGGUUGCAGUAUAGCAACUCUUCCAACCGCCAUGCAUCCGCACUUGCUCGGGGGUCAUGGAAAACUCUUUUCUCGGGUGGGGAGGUCAUUCCUGAGUCUCUGAAGCAGGAACUUCGCACGCUCAAUCAUGACGGAUUGCAGUUGCACAAUGUGUACGGUCCCACGGAAGUCAGCAUCUUCUCGCAUUCGACAGAAGUGGACUAUCGCUCCCAGUCCAGAGAACGCGUUCCCGUUGGUCCAGUCAAUCCGAACUACUCUGCAUUUGUCGUGGACCAGGAACUGAGGCCGGUGCCCAUUGGGGUGCCAGGCGAGAUUGUCAUUGCUGGCAGUGGCGUAGCCUUAGGCUAUCUAAACAACGAGGAUCUGACGCGGGAGAAGUUCAUCCAGCUUUCUCUUUCCUAUGGCAACGACACCCAGGCAGAUCCGGUGCGCGCAUAUCGCACGGGGGACCGCGGCCGUUUGCGGCCCGACGGUGCCCUCUGUUUUGAAGGCCGUAUCGGCGGUGACACCCAGAUCAAGCUUCGUGGUUUGCGCAUGGAUCUUGCAGACAUUGAAUCUGCCCUCAUGGAGGUCUCAGAAGGAAUCCUCCUAAGCGCAGUCGUAACAGUCAAAGGCCCAGCAGACGCCCAAUACCUGCUUGCACAUGUCGUACCGAAUCGCGAAUGGCAAGCAAUGCUCAGCCUGGAGCAGCAACAAGCUUUUCUUCAAGAUCUGAAAGGGAGACUUCCUCUACCACAGUAUAUGUGGCCGGCCGCAAUCAUUCGUUUGGAGUCGUUGCCUACCAGCUCGCACGGGAAAGUCGACCGAGGUGCUGUUCAAGCCCUCCCAAUACCGCAGAACAUCUCCGGCUAUGUGGAUAAUGCGGGUGCAUCUCUCUCCGAGGCGGAGGAGCAAGUCAAGAGACUCUGGGAGCGAGUUUUGGCGCCAGAAGUGGUCCGGCUAUACCAAAUCGGACCCGUCUCCGAUUUCUUCCACGUUGGUGGUAAUUCCAUGCUGCUUGUCAAGCUUCAGCAAGCCAUUCGUGAGCAAUUCGGACGUCUCAUCCCUCUAGUACACCUCUUCGAGAGCACUACACUUGCCCAAAUGACCGCUCGGAUUACGGACAAUGGCGUGGGCCGGGCUGCAGACACAAUCAACUGGACCAGGGAAAUUAAGGUCGAUCCAGCCGUUGUGACGGCGAGUAAAUCUUCAGGAAAGUUGGCCCGCAUUGCUUGUUCAUCUGAAGAUCAAACUGUUGUUCUGACCGGCGCUACUGGGUUUCUCGGUCAGGUCCUGCUACAGCAGCUCCUCGAGAACGACAAGGUGAGCAUGGUUCACUGUAUCGGCGUCCGCUCGCCCGCGCGCCUCCAGUCAUUCCAUUCCCCCAAGCUCGCAAUUCACAAAGGGGACCUGGCCUCUCCACGCUGUGGCCUCUCGCAAGAAGCAUCCGACAAAAUCUUCAGCACUGCCAACGUCGUGAUUCACAAUGGUGCAGACGUUCACUUUCUCAAGUCGUACCAGGUCCUUCGAACCGUGAAUGUGGAAUCAACGAAAUGGCUCGCGGCGCAAGCACUGUCCAGCAAUGUCCCGUUCCAUUACGUCUCGACCGCCAGUGUGAUUCAGUAUGCGCGUCCAAGUGACCCAUUUCCACCCAGCUCGGUGAACGCCUUUCUCCCACCCACAAAUGGCAGGGACGGAUACGUGGCGAGUAAAUGGGCCAGCGAGCAAUACCUAGAGCAACUGAGCAUUGAAUUCGGACUCGAUGUGCACAUUCAUCGUCCGACUGCAAUCACGGGUCCCAAUACACCGGCGCAGGAUAUUUUCCCCAAUGUAAUGCGGUUCUCUCGAGAGAUCAAGGCUGUUCCAGUAUUUGACUUUGUGUCUGGACACUUUGACUUCAUUGAUGUGCAUAGUGUGGCCACGAGGAUUCUUCAAACAGUGACCGGGGCAACUCGUUCGAGUGAGACCAAGGGUCCUCAUUUUUAUCAUCACUCUGGGGAGUUGGUCGUUCCAACAUGGGGAUUGAGGGACCAUCUACAGCGAGAAUUGAACGACGAAGUUGUCGAAUUAGGGGUUCGCGAGUGGGUGGACAAUGCAACCCAGGCUGGAAUUGACUCCAUGGUGGGCGAAUACAUGAAGAGCCUGGAAGGCUUGAAAGAGCCAAUACUUCUUCCUCAGAUUCUCCCUUCCUGA